AUGAAUUCAAAGCUACCUCUUGAUAUCCUAGGAAGGGUCUGGGAUCUCAGUGAUAUUGAUAAAGAUGGUCACCUGGACAAGGAUGAAUUUGCUGUGGCAAUGCAUUUGGUUUAUAGAGCUCUUGAGAAAGAGCCAGUUCCUUCACUAUUACCCCCUUCUCUCAUACCACCUUCUAAAAGAAAGAAGACGCCUGUAUUUCCUGGUGCAGUUCCUGUUCUCCCUGCAAGUCCUCCACCAAAAGACAGCCUCCGUUCUACCCCAUCUCAUGGUAGUGUCAACAGUCUGAACAGCACAGGGAGUUUGUCUCCCAAGCACAGCAUCAAACAAGCACAGCCAUCUGUGAAUUGGGUAGUACCAAUGUCCGAAAAAGUGCGAUAUGAUGAAAUUUUCUUAAAAACAGACACAGACAUGGAUGGUUUUGUGAGUGGCCAAGAAGUAAAGGACAUUUUUAUGCAUUCAGGUCUGUCUCAGAAUCUCCUAGCACAUAUAUGGGCUUUGGCAGACACAAGACAGAUGGGAAAGCUAAGCAAAGAUCAGUUUGCACUAGCAAUGUAUCUCAUUCAACAGAAGGUCAGUAAAGGGAUUGAUCCUCCGCAAGUGCUCUCCCCAGAUAUGAUCCCUCCCACAGAGAGGAACACUCCCAUACAGACUCUGUCAGGUUACUUGACCCCUGUAGGAACUGAGAUCUCAGCACUAACAGAAAUGCGUCGUGAUAGUUCAAGCUCUGUUGGAUCAGGAGAAUUUACAGGGGUGAAGGAACUGGAUGAUAUUAGCCAAGAAAUUGCACAGCUGCAGAGAGAAAAAUAUUCUCUAGAGCAGGACAUUAGGGAAAAGGAAGAAUCAAUCAGACAGAAAACCAAUGAAGUUCAGGAACUGCAAAAUGAUUUAGAUAGGGAGACAAGUAACUUGCAAGAGCUAGAGGCUCAGAAACAAGAUGCCCAAGACCGCCUGGAUGAAAUGGACCAGCAGAAAGCCAAACUGAAAGAUAUGCUGAAUGACGUGAGGCAGAAAUGCCAGGAAGAAACACAGGUGAUUUCAUCACUAAAAAUGCAGAUUCAAUCUCAGGAAUCAGAUUUAAAAUCACAGGAAGAUGACCUUAAUAGAGCAAAAGCAGAGCUGAAUCGCCUCCAGCAAGAGGAAACUCAGCUAGAGCAGAGUAUCCAGGCUGGAAAAGUGCAGCUUGAAACAAUAAUAAAAUCUUUAAAAUCAACACAGGAAGAAAUAAACCAGGCAAGUAGUAAACUUUCUCAACUUCAAGAGAGUCAUCAAGAAGUCCAUAAGAGUAUAGAAGAAUAUAAUGAAGCUCUCAACGGGGUUCACGGCGGUAGUCUGACGAAUUUAGCAGACAUUAGUGAAGGCCUUGGGCAGACAGAAAGAAGCAAUUACGGAACUAUGGAUGAUCCAUUUAAGAAUAAAGCCUUGAUGUUUACCAAUAAUACACAAGAAUUGCAUACGGACCCAUUCCAGUCAGAAGAUCCUUUCAAGUCUGAUCCAUUUAAAGGAGCAGACCCUUUCAAAGGCAGUGACCCAUUCCAGCAUGAUCCUUUUGCAGAACAACCGCCUGCACCAGCAGAUCCAUUUGGAGGUGAUCCAUUUAAGGAAAGUGACCCAUUUCGUAGUUCUGCUCCUGAAGAUUUCUUCAAGAAACCGGUGAAGAGUGACCCAUUUACCUCAGAUCCAUUCACAAAGCCCCCUGCGUUACCCACGAAGCCUGACCCUUUUGAAAGCAGUGAUCCUUUUACGUCUUCCAGUAUCUCUUCCAAAGGUCCAGAUCCAUUUGGAACACUGGAUCCAUUUGGAAGUGGUUCUUUCAGUAGUGGUGAGGGAUUUGCAGACUUCAGUCAGAUGUCAAAGUCAGUACCUUCAGACCCCUUCGCCUCCUCUUUUGGAGGGGUGGGAUUCUCAGAGGACCUUUUCAAAAGCAAAUCAGACACACCAGCGUUACCACCGAAGAAAAAUGUCCCUCCACGACCCAAGCCACCCAGUGGUAAAAGUACUCCUGUAAGCCACCUUGGGUCUUCAGAUUUUCCCAAGCCCCAUGAUCCAUUCCAGCCAUUUGGGGCUGACAGCAGUGACCCGUUUCAAAGUAAAAAGGUCUUUGGGGACCCAUUUAGUGGAAAAGAUCCAUUUGCUCCCUCCUCUUCAAGUAAAACUUCUAAAGACUCUUCCUUGGGGUUUGCAGACUUCAGCUCUUUUGGCAAUGAAGAACAGCAGCUGGCAUGGGCAAAGCGUGAGAGUGAAAAAGCAGAGCAAGAAAGACUAGCUCGAUUGCGGAGACAAGAACAAGAAGACCUUGAGUUGGCUAUUGCACUCAGUAAGGCUGAUAUGCCAAACUCUUAA